UGCAGAAAUUCUUCCCCCUCCACCCCCACCACCUCCAUAGCCCUUGAACGUCUGCCAGUGGCGACGCAGAGCGGCAGCGACGUUCACAGCUCCGCACAUUUCUCCUUUUAACGUGGAGGACGACGCGUCUGCUGGUUUCCUGACAGGACUCAGAGCCUCAGUCAGCGACCGGGGGAAGACCUCCGGUGGUCGGACAACUCUCGCUGUAAAACUCGCACAAGUGAUUUCUGUGGUAUAGUGAUAUGGAGUUUCCCAGCCGCCGUGGAGCUGUUGCUCUGGGAUAAGCAUCGCAGCAGACGGGAUCCCUGCCAGGAUACUUCUGAUUGUGCAGCUACACACGUUUGCCAACCACUUCUCCUUCUCCUUGCAGAGGACUCCCUGAAAAGUCAGAAUGGAUUACUUUCACAACCCUGAAACCUGUAAGAUCUGGACCAACAGCAAUUUAAUUAUCAUGGGUUGACUCAUGCUUUGGGAGCUGUCUGAUCCUGACACAAAUGCUGUCAGUCAUGUUGGAGCCAGGACCUGUGGAUGAGGGAGUAUUAUGUGGUUCACCAUCGGUCUGCAAGUUUGUUUACCCAUCGUAUGUGCGCAGAGAAACGUAUGACCUCUACUUAUUUUUAUGCAGCAACUGGCUUUUCCUGUGGACUGCUUACUCUGCCUGCUGGCUGUUGCUGAGAUCACCAAUGGAUAGCACCAUCACUCGGUUCACAACCCUACUUCCUUUGGAAAAGUCUACUCUCUGAAUAGAUUUUUGUGUUUAUAUUUGCAUAAAAAUGGAGAAACUAAAGACAUGUGCUCACUGGAGUCUUCACAUCGAUGAAAUAAAGACCAAAAGAAUUUCCUCUGUUGAAAGUCUAACCCCAGUGGGAUAAGAACUCAAAACUUUAAACUGUAGAAGACUUUGAGACUGAAAAAAUAAUAACUCUGGACUACUCCCCUUCCUCUCUCCCAUAAUGCAUUGCCCAAUGAGGAAGAAACGUCCCACACGUAAUUCUGAUUUCUCAGCUAUUGUGGUUCCCUCGAUGCACGGGUCUGGGUACCUUGACUACACGGUCGAGACCCACGCUUCCAGAUCCAUGAAGGUCAUGGACGAGUUCAGACGGCAGGAGAUGCUGUGUGACCUGGUGCUGCAUGUCACGUACAAGGAAAAAACUGUGGACUUCAAGGUGCACAGGGUGGUACUGGCCUCCUGCAGCCCCUACUUCAGAGCCAUGUUCACCAGCAGCUUUAAAGAGUGUUGUGCCUCGGAGAUCACCUUGCGGGAUGUUUGCCCCCAGGUGGUGGGAAGGCUCAUUGACUUUGCCUACACCUCCCACAUCACAGUGGGAGAGAAAUGUGUGUUGCACGUUCUCUUGGCUGCUAUGAGGUAUCAGAUGGAGGAUGUGGCCAAAGCAUGCUAUGAUUUCCUUACUAAGCAUCUGGAGCCAGCUAAUGUCAUCGGCAUCGCCCGCUUUGCUGAGGAGAUUGGCUGCACAGAGCUGCACCAAAGAAGCCGAGAGUACAUCAACACACACUUCAAUGAGGUGACUAAAGAAGACGAGUUCUUCAGCCUCUCUCACUGCCAACUGCUGGAGCUCAUCAGUCAGGACAGCCUGAAGGUCCUCUGUGAGUCUGAGGUGUAUAAGGCCUGUACCGACUGGGUCGGCUGGGACAUGGAGGGUAGAGCCCAGUACCUACAUGCCCUCCUGAAUGCAGUUCAUAUCUACGCUCUGCCUCCGAAGUUCCUUAAGAACCAGCUCCUGUCCUGCCCCAUCCUCAGUAAGGCCAAUUCCUGUAAGGACUUCCUUUCUAAAAUCUUCCAGGAUAUGACACUAAGGAAGCUGCCUCCUGCACCGAACCGAGGAACUCAACUCAUCUAUGUGGCUGGCGGAUACCGGCAGCAUUCACUAGCCUCCAUGGAGGCUUAUGAUCCCAGGAGGAAUGCCUGGCUAAAACUGGCUGACAUGGGCUCUCCAUGCAGCGGCCUGGGAGCCUGCGCCCUCUUUGGACUGCUCUACACUGUCGGGGGCAGGAACUUGUCGCUUCAAAACAACACGGAGUCCAGCGCCCUGUGCUGCUAUAACCCAAUGACCAACCAGUGGAGCCAGCGAGCCUCCCUCAACAUCCCCAGGAACAGGGUCGGUGUGGGCGUGGUGGACGGCUGCAUCUACGCCGUGGGAGGUUCUCAGGGCUCGACGCAUCACAACACGGUGGAGAGGUGGGACCCAGAGUCGAAUCGCUGGUCGUUUGUUUGCCCGAUGUCGGUGGCUCGUCUAGGGGCCGGUGUGGCGGCGUGUGGGGGGGCUCUGUACGUGGUGGGGGGAUAUGAUGGACAGAACCGAUGGAACACUGCUGAGAAAUACCAGCCUGACACUAACACCUGGCACCAGCUGGCUCCCAUGAGCACUAUACGCAGCGGACUGGGGUUGGUGUGUGUGAACUCGUACCUGUACGCUGUAGGAGGGUAUGAUGGGAGGAGCCAGCUGUCGUCUGUGGAGCGUUACAACAUAGCCAGGAAUGUUUGGGAGCCCAGGGCCUCCAUGCAAUUCUGUCGCAGUGCACACGGAGUGACGGUCCACCAGAGACGCAUCUUUGUCCUCGGGGGUUUUAACCAGCACGGCUUCCUGUCCAGCGUCGAGUGUUACUGUCCAGAAAGAAAUGAAUGGACGUGUGUGACCGAGAUGCCCGUUGGACGCAGCGGCAUGGGCGUCGCUGUUACCAUGGAGCCCUGUCCUGGCAGCCUGCCAGAACCAGAGGAGGACGAGGAUGGAGCCACAUAGGAUGAGGAUGAAAUCUGCUGAAAGUGUCAAGUGUUGAAUACGGUGGUGUCGAAGUGGUGCUGCUUUUCAAGAGAGGGUUAAGUGCAUUAAUUAAAAAAACAUUCCAAUAUGAAAACUCCUCAUAUAGCCCCGCCCUCAUGGGUCCUACUUGUAUUGCACCGUGGGGUACUGCUGGUAGGAUUUGAAUGGAGGAGGAGGAACUAUAUCUCUACAUCUGCUGGGGAACAAGUGAAACAGAGAAACUGGUAGCAUGACAGUGACCCCGCAAUAAUAAGGUGCUACGGAUGUAAUCUCAAAUAAUAGUUCUAUUUAAUUGAAUAUUGUUAUUCAUUCACUGUUUUUAAUCUCUUUAGUGUUCAAAUUUAUAAAUUGGCCUUCAGUGUCUAAUUUCUAAUUCCUCGCUUUGUUUUAUUUACAUCUCUACCUCCGUCUGUGUCUCUGUCUGAAUGAGCACUUUUCUUAUUUUUCUUCAUUUUUGUGCCAAUGAGGUUUCACCCAAAACUGCCAUUUUAAAACUUUUUAUUGAUUUUUUUUUUUUUUUCAUUCACUUUAUUUUAUUUUUUGUUUCUGAAAAUGAAGUUAAUCAAAUGUGUGAAUGAUGAAUAUCUCACGUCUGCAACAUUUGUUCAGAAAUGUAAUUCACAUUCUCUCAUAUGCACUGAUGUUAGUAAAGACAAAUGUGUUUUACUGA